AUGAAUCCCACUACCGAACCACCACAACUUCAGCCACCUCAGCCACCGCAACUCCACCGUCCUUCCACUUCUUGUGACCGUCACCCAGAAGAACAGUUCACUGGUUUUUGCCCUUCAUGCCUCUGCGAGCGUCUUGCCGUGCUCGAUCCCAACACCUCCUCCGCCGCUUCUUCUUCCUCUUCCCGCAAACCCACUGCCACCGCCGCCCUUAAAGCUAUCUUCAAGCCUCCUCAACCGUCCAGCUCCAAUAAUAAUAACAAUAACAAAGUGAGAAAUACUCUUUGGUCUCUCUUUAAUCAAGACGACGGGAGAAACCCUUCUGGUAAAAAAGAGCCCUUUAAAGGAGGACCUGAAAUUGAGGCUGUUGAGCCCAGAAUUUCUUGUUCUAGUGUUCGAGGUCCGGUUUUUGAGUCCAAAGAAGAGGACGAAAUAGAAAGCGAAACCGACACUGAAAAUGAGAAUGUGAAUGCCAAUAUUGGUGGAGAUGUUUUGGUUAAUGGGGUUUUAGAGGAGUCUAAUUUGACAGCGAGAAAUUCGAAUGCAAACCCAAUUGAUGAAAUUAUAGAGGAAGAGGAAGAAGAGGAAGAGGAGGACGAAGAGGAAGACGAAGAGGAAGACGAAGAAGAAGGGAUUGUUAUAGAGCCAGAGCCAGCUCAAGAAGCAGUUUUGGAGGAGCUCAAGACUAUGAAGGACCAUAUAGAUCUUGAUUCGCAGACUAAAAAGACUUCAGGGAGGGAUUUUAAAGAGAUUGCUGGUAGUUUCUGGUCUGCUGCUUCGGUUUUUAGCAAGAAAUUGCAAAAAUGGAGGCAAAAGCAGAAGCUUAAGAAGCAGAGAAAUGGCGGUCCUGGUUCAGCUACAUUACCUGUGGAGAAGCCAAUUGGAAGGCAGUAUAGGGAGACUCAGUCAGAAAUUGCUGAUUACGGGUUUGGUAGAAGGUCUUGUGACACGGAUCCGAGGUUCUCUCUAGAUGCUGGGAGGAUUUCUUUUGAUGAUCCUAGGUAUUCUUUUGACGAGCCUCGUGCUUCUUGGGAUGGAUAUUUGAUUGGAAGGACAUUUCCAAGGAUGCCUACAAUGGUUUCUGUUGUUGAGGAUGCUCCUGUUAAUGUGGUUUCAAGGUCUGAUACUCAAAUCCCAGUCGAGGAACCGCCGCGAAUAUCUAUGAAUUCCAUCAAUGAAGACGAGAUUCUCCCUGGUGGGUCUGCUCAAACUAGGGAUUAUUAUUCUGAUUCUUCCUCACGGAGGAGGAAGAGUCUUGACAGGUCUAAUUCUAUUCGGAAGACUGCUGCGGCUGUGGUGGCUGAGAUUGAUGAGUUGAAGGGUGUUUCCAAUGCCAAAGUGACACCAGCAACUGUGGAUUAUAUCCAAGGGCCUAAAUUGGUGGUUCCUGAUAGGGAUUAUAGGGAUUCAAACUCGAAUUCUUUGAGGGAUGAUUGCUCUGAGACUUUUGAUAUGGGGUUCAGAGACAAUGCAUCUGUGGUGGGGAAUGGUGAAAGGAAAGGGACUAAGAAGCCUAGGAGAUGGAGCAAGGCGUGGAAUAUUUGGGGGUUUAUACACCGACGAAGUGUUAACAAAGAUGAGGACGAGGAUAGGUAUAGCAGAGCAAAUGGGGUGGAGAGGUCUUUUUCAGAGUCUUGGCCAGAAUUGAGAAGGGAACGCAACGGAGACGUAAGGGAAGGGUUUAAUCCGAAGAUUUUGAGGAGCAACAGCAGUGUUAGUUGGAGGAAUUCACAUAAUUUUGGUGGGGGUGGAUCUUUUAGCAGUGCAAGGAAGAGCAAUGUUGAGACUAAUGGAAAUGCGAGAAAGAGAAGGGAUGAGUUUGUGUUGGAGAGGAACAGGAGUGCAAGGUAUUCACCAAGCAACAUGGAUAAUGGACUGUUAAGGUUCUACUUGACGCCGUUGAGGAACAGUCGUCGAAACGGGUGGGGGAAGAGUAAGUCCAGUCAUGCACAAUCCUUUGCAAGGAGCGUACUGCGAUUAUACUGA